ACUUUGGUGAGUGGCGACUGUUAGGUCUUCGAAUCUCUACCCUCUCUCAACUCUCAAUUCUCACCUACCCUGAAAAAGAACCUCAUUUAAUUUGCCUAGUUUACGACGAGGUAACGCAAAGGAGAAAUCAUAGUUCGUUUGUCUCUUCAACCCUUUCUCUCUAAGAAGAAAGGGGAGAAGAGAACAAUCAGGGAAAGAGAGAUAAAGAAGAGGAAAAAGCUCGCCAGGUUCUUGUGCUUUUCAGCCGACAAAGAUUUGAUUUUUUAGCAGAGUUAUUUAAUCCCCAGUAGUCAAAGCAGUUGCUGGAAAAUCUGCGUCCUGUUUGCCAUUUGCGUAGAUUAAGAAAUUAUUCGUUUAUAUAAUCCUUGCUCGUUAAAGAUUCGAUUUUUGGCCAACUUUACUAUUACCCAUUUCCGGAAAUUCAUUUGUUCUUUCGUUUUUUAGUGAGUUGGAAUAUAAAGUUAUAGUCUUGGUUACCCAAGAUUGAAGAGUUUUUUGCACCUUUAUAUAUAUAUACAGAGAAAAACAAAAGGUUUAGUUUAGAUAUGGAUAGGAGAAGGUUACAAGGGGCUGGAAACAAUGAGGAGAUGCCAUUCUUAAAUUCUGGAAUUGGGUUUCUCUGGUGUCCUCAAGAUGAAGGUUAUCACCCAGGUGGCUUAUUUGCAAGUGUGGGACAGAUGGGAAUGGGAUAUGGGAUAUCCCCUAAUCCACCAAACUCCACCAAUACUGGUUUGAAUCUUUCUCCCACAAAUUUAUUUGGACAGUACAAGCUGCCUGAAAUGGGGUUUAAGGAGAGUGGAUUGCCCGAGUUAGUUUCGGGUGAAGUAUUGGAGGUGGAGGAAGGGGUGGUAAAGAAAAAGAAGAAGAAGAUUGGUCUUAAGUUGAAAAUUAAGGUUGGGAAUCCAUCUUUGAGAAGGUUGAUUAGUGGGGCAAUUGCGGGCGCAAUUUCGAGGACAUCAGUUGCUCCGCUUGAGACAAUAAGGACGCAUUUGAUGGUGGGUAACUAUGGACACUCGACAACCGAAGUGUUUCAGAAUAUCAUGCAAAACGAAGGGUGGAAAGGCCUCUUUAGAGGAAAUCUUGUCAAUGUAAUACGGGUUGCGCCAAGCAAGGCGAUAGAGUUGUUUGCUUAUGACACGGUCAAAAAAGAGUUGACGCCUAAACCCGGUGAAGAGCCCAAAUUACCUAUACCCGCUUCUCUGAUUUCAGGUGCCGUUGCGGGAAUCAGUUCAACUAUAUGUACUUACCCACUCGAGCUUCUGAAAACUCGGCUGACUAUUCAGAGGGGCGUGUACAAGAAUCUGCUGGAUGCCUUGGUGAAAAUCGUCAAAGAGGAGGGGCCUGCGGAGCUAUAUAGAGGCCUGACUCCGAGUCUAAUCGGAGUGAUUCCAUAUGCAGCGACAAAUUAUUUUGCGUACGACACGCUAAGGAAGGCUUACAAGCAGAUCUUCAAAGAAGAAGAAAUUGGAAACGUCGCGACCCUCCUUAUCGGGUCUGCAGCGGGUGCCAUCUCGAGUAGUGCAACUUUCCCUCUAGAGGUGGCUCGGAAGCAUAUGCAAGCCGGGGCUCUUAAUGGCCGACAAUACCAAAACAUGCUUCACGCCCUCGUGAGCGUACUGGAACACGAAGGGAUCCCGGGACUGUACCGGGGUUUAGGACCGAGCUGCGUCAAAAUAGUCCCGGCUGCUGGAAUCUCUUUCAUGUGUUACGAGGCAUGCAAGAGGAUAUUGGUUGAACGGGAAGAUGGCCAGUAGGAUCAGUUUUUCCUGGCGCAAUUUAGAUUUUCAGUAACAAUCUAUUUUCAGAGCUCAUAUUACACAAAUUUGUGUUUAGACUUACAAGUUGUGUUGUUUGUAUUCUCACACACUUGAUUAUUGUAGUGAAUUAGUACUCUUGAAUUUUGGCUAAGCC